AUGGGCAAGUCCAAAGCUGCGAAGCGCAAGCGCAAUACGCAAGUCGAUCUUCCCCAGAAAGUCUCCAAAGCCUCAACCGUUUUGACACCACCCCCGGAUGGCACUGUCGAGCCGAAACACCUCAACACGGUCAUCUCGGACGAAGAACUCGACGUGACCAUCGAAACGCUUACUACUCUCGCUCAAUACCCCAAUUUGACCAAGUCGAAGGCAUGCAAGGAUCUCCGGGUUGCCGUCUAUGACUUCCGUCAGUCGUGCACGACAGGAGCCAACGCUGCGGAGGGUGCAAACCUCACAGCUCGAAUCACCGGCGCCCUGGCGGACCAGAAAUAUGUCGACGCUCGAGUCUUGCUCGCUGAGAUGCGGAUCCGGGGUGAGCAGCCCAAGAUCGGAUCAUUGUGUCGCUGGGUGCGAGACCUCGACGUCGUCAGUGGCCUGUCAACUCACCCAGAUACGCUCAAUCAUCCCCAGGCAGAGCGCACCCCGAGGGAUCUGGAGCUGCUCGGCGUUCUAGAUGCCAUCCUGAGGGUCAGCACGCCCAUCGACAACAGUCCGCACGCCGUUCCUUCCACCUCCCCCAUCGCCUUCCAGUCCAUCUGGGAUCUCCGCCCCUCAACGCCCUCCCUCCCCAUCUACGAAUCCGUCCUCGACAAGUCGAUUCUUAACGAUGCCCCCAAAUCCCACUCCGCCCUACGGGUCAUCGAAGAGACCCCCGGCCCUCAACGCAAGCCCCCAAACCACCACCCCGCCAUCCUCUACACAACCGCCCCAAAUGCCGUCCCCCUAUCGCCCAUUACACCAAAAAUUACAUACCACCCUCACCCGGCCGUGCCAGGCCUUGGUAUUGCCAUGAACGUUCUCUCCCCAGACGAAUGCAAGGCGAUCAUCGCAGCCGGUGAAUCCGUCAACUUCCUCCCCGACGCGCCCCUGCGCGAGGACGGCGACAUGAGCAUUCUCGCCCACAAUUUCUACUGGGUCAUUGACACGACCUUCCACGAUAUGCUCUGGUCUCGCAUCUCGUCCUACGUGCCACCCUCCAUCAACGGCCGGCUGGUCCGGGGCAUCAACCGUCGAUUCCGUGUGUACAGAUACGUGCCCGGCGCUGAGUAUCGCUGCCACAUCGAUGGAGCCUGGCCUCCUUCCGGUAUUCUCCCCGACGACACAUACGUAUACGAUGCUUCGCCCGAAGACAAGAAGCAAAGCUCGAUGUAUACUUUCUUGUUGUAUCUCAACGAUGAGUUCGAGGGUGGGGAGACGACUUUCUUCUUGCCGGCUGCCCGUGAAGGGACCCUUAAUGCAUACCCCGUCCGACCUGUGAUGGGUUCUGUCGCUAUUUUCCCGCAUGGUGAAGCAAAUGGAGCGCUGUUGCAUGAGGGUACUGGAGUACGGAAGGGCGCAAAAUACAUUAUCAGAACCGACGUAGAGUACGACGUAAAGCCCUCAGAUGAGUGA